GGGGCACACGGUGCAAGUGGAGUUGUGAUUGUUUUUGCUUUGGAAACCAGGGUGCUGUUACCAGUUACAGAACCUGGGACAUGAGCUGCUCCAUGUGGGGGAUAGAUAUCAGCAGCACUUCCACGGCUACUUGGAUCUUCUGUUUAAUAAACAAAAAUGAGUCAUAUGAAGUUGUUUGCAGCUACGGUGAAGUGGCAUGGCAUUAAAACUCUGCGAAAGCCAGAUGUAGCCAGGAGGGUGUUUUUCCGUAGCCAACGCUGUGUUUCAUCAGGAACCUCAGAGCCAUUCUUGAGUGGAAGUAAUUCAAAUUAUGUGGAGGAAAUGUAUUAUGCGUGGCUUGAAAACCCUCAAAGUGUACAUAAGUCUUGGGAUUUGUUUUUCCGUAAUGCGAACGCUGGCCAAACGUAUGAUCCUCAACUGCCAGAUCAGUUGGAAAGAAAGGCAUCAUUUCUUCAGAGCCAUGGCCUGGCCCGGACACCGGGGAAAGCUGAAAAACUUGUUGAAGAUCAUCUUGCUGUGCAGUCUUUAAUAAGAGCGUACCAAAUCCGUGGCCAUCAUGUGGCUCAGCUAGAUCCUCUUGGGAUUCUGGAUGCAGACCUGGAUUCGUUUGUUCCAUCUGACUUAAUCACUACAAUCGAUAAACUUGGGUUUUACGGCUUGCAUGAAUCAGAUUUGGACAAAGUCUUUCAACUACCUACAACCACCUUCAUAGGAGGAAAUGAGAACAGUCUUUCUUUACGAGAGAUCAUCAAACGGCUGGAGAAUACCUACUGCCAACACAUAGGCUUGGAAUUUAUGUUCAUCAAUGACGUGGAGCAGUGCCAAUGGAUCCGGCAGAAGUUUGAGACACCAGGUGUUAUGAAGUUUACAAAUGAGGAAAAAAGGACUUUGCUGGCACGGCUGGUGCGCUCAAUGAGAUUUGAAGACUUCCUUGCUCGCAAGUGGUCUUCUGAGAAGAGAUUUGGCUUGGAAGGAUGUGAAGUAAUGAUUCCUGCGCUUAAGACAAUCAUUGAUAAAUCCAGUGAAAUGGGAAUUGAAUAUGUUAUAAUGGGGAUGCCUCAUAGAGGUAGGCUGAAUGUAUUGGCUAAUGUCAUCCGAAAAGAGCUGGAACAGAUCUUCUGUCAGUUUGAUCCCAAACUUGAAGCGGCUGAUGAGGGAUCUGGAGAUGUAAAAUAUCAUCUGGGAAUGUAUCAUGAGAGGAUUAACAGAGCAACAAACAAGAAGAUUACUCUAUCCCUGAUGGCUAACCCUUCUCACUUGGAAGCAGUCGAUCCUGUUGUGCAGGGGAAGACAAAGGCUGAACAAUUUUAUCGAGGGGAUACUGCAGGAAAAAAGGUUAUGUCCAUAUUGUUACAUGGGGAUGCUGCCUUUGCAGGACAAGGUGUCGUUUAUGAAACAUUUCAUCUUAGUGACCUUCCUUCUUACACCACAAAUGGAACUAUUCAUGUUGUUGUCAACAACCAGAUUGGCUUCACUACAGACCCCCGUAUGGCACGUUCGUCUCCAUAUCCUACUGAUGUUGCUCGUGUGGUCAAUGCUCCCAUUUUUCAUGUGAAUGCUGAUGACCCUGAAGCAGUGAUGUAUGUGUGCAGUGUAGCUGCAGAAUGGCGAAACACAUUCAACAAAGAUGUGGUUGUUGACUUAGUUUGUUACCGUAGGAGAGGGCACAAUGAGAUGGAUGAACCAAUGUUCACCCAGCCCCUAAUGUACAAGCAGAUUCACAAGCAGGUGCCAGUGCUGAAGAAGUAUGCUGAUAAACUGAUCGCAGAUGGGACUGUAACACUGCAGGAGUUUGAGGAAGAAAUUGCAAAGUAUGAUAGAAUAUGUGAAGAAGCAUAUACCAGAUCUAAGGAUAAUAAGAUUCUACACAUUAAACACUGGCUUGAUUCACCUUGGCCUGGAUUCUUUAAUGUGGAUGGAGAACCCAAGAGCAUGUCCUGUCCUCCAACUGGCAUUUCAGAAGACCUGCUGACUCACAUUGGCAAUGUAGCUAGUUCAGUGCCAGUCAAAGACUUCAAAAUACAUGCAGGACUCUCCCGGAUUUUGAGAGCCCGCUUGGAAAUGACCAAGAACAGGGUUGUUGACUGGGCCUUGGCAGAGUACAUGGCUUUUGGCUCCUUUCUGAAAGAAGGGAUUCAUGUCCGACUGAGUGGACAAGACGUAGAGAGAGGCACUUUUAGCCAUCGCCAUCAUGUGCUUCAUGAUCAAGAAGUUGACAAAAGAACGUGUGUUCCCAUGAACCACCUCUGGGAGCAGCAGGCCCCCUAUACUGUGUGCAACAGCUCCCUUUCCGAAUAUGGUGUCUUAGAUUUUGCUGUAAAGCAGUUAAGCUUCUUGGCUUACCAAAUUUUGCGUUGCUGCUUGAGUUUGCCAACCUUCAGAACGCAUAAAUGGCUCCCUCUGCUAAUGACAUUUAAAAACAAACUCUGCUUUUGUUGUAUUUCAAUGUUACUGCAUCCAUACCAGUUUUGACUCAGUUGGGAAGUAUGAAACAGGAAUGUAAAAUCCAGUCCAAAUGCUGAUUUCUGUUCCAGCACUUCUUGAAGGGGUUGUUCUAUAGUACACCAACCCUGUUCAUUAUUUGAAGGGGAUUUUAAAAAUUAUUGUAGUAUUGUUUGUGGAAGUCACAUCCCUGGAGACAUUCAAGGCCAGCCUGGAUGUGGCUCUGGGCAGCCUGGUCUGGUGGCUGCUGACCCUGCACAUAGCAGGGGGUUGAAACCAGAUAAUCAUUGUGGACCUUUUCAACCCAGGUCAUUCUAUGAUUCAAUGAUUCUAUAAGCUUUAAGCUUUAUUUUUUUUCUAUAGUUUGAUGCGUUUGGUCUCUUGUUUCUAAUUAUAACAAAUUAGAGAAGAGAUGGGAUAUCUUCAAAUUCUUUUUUCUAGUUUUUUAAUAUGUUAUCUCUAGUAUGAGGCAUAUGAAUAUAUAGUUUUCAAUGUGCUGUUAGUGCAAAACUUUCUACUGUUUCCCAAUAGUACAGCUAUUUGCUUAGAUUGCUUAGAACCUGUAUAUACUUAAAAAAUUUAAACUGGGAGGCUGAAAUAACUUGCUGGAAACAUUACACAGUACGGUAGCAUUGAUCUUAUUACUGUUUAACAGGAUAUCACGUAUAAUGACAGAGGAUGAAUUUCACUGAGCAAGACAUUUAGAGCUCAGCAAGGAAGAGAGUGUAGGGAAAGGCUGUGAAAGAGUUGUAUACUAAAUAUUUCAAAGCUCUCCCUCUCAAGUUCUGGCAUCUCUUAAAAAGGAAUCUUCACUUUCCACAGCUGUAGAUUUCAGUUUGAAAGUAUCCAUCUGCUGUGAUUGGCCAUACCUAAUACUUUAACAAAAGGGGAGGAACUAUCAGCAAAAUUAAGAACACUUUGUAGCACAAAUGCAAAAAUCUAGCCUAGGCUUAUCUGAAGUGCUGUGUUGAAUGUGCUAUAUUGAAAAAACAAAUCCUUGUUACAGAUGGCAUUAAUCAUAGUGGAGUAUGUUGUUGGUAUUGGACAGACAUUUUAAUUUGUGAAUAGAUAACCUCCUUCUGACAUGAGAAGGAUGGCAAGAGGAAUGUGGAGCACAGAAGAAGUGGAUCUAAUAAUUUAUUAAAAAAAUGUUAUUGAUUCUAUGGAUAAAUAAUGAAAUACAAUUUCAUACCCAUUUCAUAAGUAGUAUGAAUGAAAAAGAUGAAAUGUUGUUAUGAAGAUGGUAAUUCAUAACUGCUUCCUUCAGGGUUCCAGAAAUACUUCACCACAUAAUCAUUUUUGUAUAUACUCCAUAUGACCUCUUGCUAAUAAUAUUAAAAUGGUUUAAAACUGUAGGGCUGGAGCAUGGGCUGACAAGGUGAGAUUUUAAGGUAUUUUUCUUGGCUCCCAGGCAGAAUUGGUGUGAGGAUAAGUUUGCAUCUCUUUGAACUAGUAUAUAAUAUUUACAUACAAACUAAAUGGGAGAAUGCAAGAAAGAAUAUGUACAAAGAUAAGAAGAAUGUGGCAUAGAUAGAAAGCAAAAAUUUAACUUCAUAAAUUUUUUAUGUUGUUCCCAAUUUCUUACUGUUUCUCACAUUUUUGGCCAGGUGUUUCUUAAUUUGAGUGUGUUUACAGUACUACUGCAAGUAUUAUUGUAAGUGGGUCAUGGUUUGAAAUAAUGUAUCUGAAUUUGAAAGUGACAGAUGUGUGAAUACAAUUGAAUUGUGAUUUUAUUCCAGAAGUUACAUCUCAAUUGAUCGAUUUAGGAUGCCUAGUGUUGAUAUGGUAUGAAGGUUAAUUCUUAUUGCAAGAAAUUCAAAACAGAAUUUAGGUUUGUUUCUACACUGAAAACAGGAGUAAAGUCCUGUUCAAUUCUGCUUCAGGAGAUGUGAUAAAAGGUUCCUAAAAGAUAACAAUACUGAUAUUUUUAAUUGCUAAGUGUUUUAAAUCGCUCUUGUAUGAGAUCUCUAUCAGUAAAGGGCAUUAAAUCAUCAGAAACAGUUGAUAAGUGAUGAUUAUUUUACUAAAACUGCUCUAUGUUGAAAUGUUUAUAAUUUAGUUUGUGCUCCCUUGCUAACUUUUGCAUAUCAGCCUUCUCGGAUAUGUUUAUAUUUGUGUGUUGUAUCUGUACAGAGAGAGUGUGAGAUGCACAGUUGGUGUGUGAACAUGGCCCCUCUCACUGAAUACUGAACUGGAAGGGACAUUAGAUUGUUAUCUGUCUAGCUGGUAUCAUCAUGGUUUGAGUGAAAGAGUGAGUGAAUGUCUGCAGUUCAAGGAGUUGAUUCUUCAUGAGCAGUAAAACAGCAAGGAAAAAGCCAACAAUUUUAUUUCUCUCUGCUACAGCCUGCUACUUCUGCUGUGUAAGGGAGUUACACAGAAAUAGUUUGCAGUUAAGUGUUCUAAAGUAUUUGGAGGAGGAUGCAAAGCAAAAAAAAAAAAAAAAAAAAAAAGUGCUAAGAUUUCAAUUUAUGACUGUAAACAGGCAGUAGCUCAGAGGCAUUUUGGGAAUUCCCUUUGUUUCUGUGAAUUAAAGCUAAGUGAAAAUUGACCUAAUGGAUUGAACAGCUCAGCAUGAUAAAACUGCAGAUUAUUUCCUUGGAAGGUGGGCAAGCCAAGAGCUGACAUCCACUCAGAGCUGUGGGCUUUGCACCAAGUUAUUGUUGUGCUGGUUAGGAACUCCUGGAGUGUAACCACUCUAUUAAAAGUAGUACUCUAACAAGAUUGUUUCCUCUUAGAAUACAAAGGCAGUCUUGUUAUAGCUCAAACAAUUGCUUGUGUUUUGUAUACAGGAAGCAAUCAAGUGUUUAUAUCAGGGCAUUAAAUCAGAGUAUUUAACAACCUCUACAAACUCAGUUAGACAUCCCUUGUCUACUGUUUUUAGCUACCUCCAGAUUACUACAAUUUAGCUGUCUCCCCUCUCGUCUAGCUGUAUAUUUUUCCUUUCAUUGAAACAGAAUAUCUGGGAGAAUAAGCAGUGGUUGUGUGAAGUCAUCUAAACUAAUGAAUCUGUCUGAGUUUGUUUGCUAAUCAAGAUAGAAAAGGUGAACUAACAGGUGCUCUAUGUAGUGUCUCUUCAGCAUUUUUUAAAUAUGUGUCGGGAUCUCCUCUCUUUCUUUACCACCCUCAAAGUGACUUGUGUGUUGUUGAUUCUCCAUCCUGGAGGAGCAGUUCUCUCUGGCAGGUUCAUCACUGGCUUUGAGAGAUCUUGGGCUGUUAUGUUCUAUUCUGGGAACUUCCAGAGAAUGUCCAAGCAUGAUAGGCUUGGAACUAGUGCAUAGCUCAGCACUGGUGUAUAGCUUUUUCCAGGGGGAGUUAAUGUUUAAAAUACAAGACAAGGGAAAAGGACAGGUGUUGUUGAAGACUUUUUUUUUUUUGCAAUACACUGCUAAGAUGGAAUGUGCAAUGUUACUGCUCAUUCAUAACAGCACUUUCUUUGGUUAGGACUAACAAAUAUUGUUGGCUCUCAGAAAUGGUGUUGGAAAACAGGACAGUACAUAGUAACCAAGGAACAGGUUCUCAACAGCACCUACAUGGAGCUCCAAGGCAGAAGUCUUUCUGUUCUAUAGAGUCAGCCACCAGAUAUGCAUAAACUUAAAUUAUUACUGGACUGUACUCAUGUUUUGAGACAGGAGUGUACCUACAUUAGUCCCUGUGCUUGGAUUUUGCAGUAAGCAUAGUAUAUACUUGUCUUCAUAACUUCUCUCAUUCUGCAGUUUUAUCUCUGCACUGACAAGCCAUCUUUAGCCAUUAGUUAACAUUCGUGCCUUGAAUCCUUUUGCAAUCAUACUGAGUUAAGCUGCGGCCUUACUUAUGACAGCUGGAAAAGCUACAGUUCUUAUGACAAUGAUGCAGAAUGUUAGGGGGAAAAACGCAGAGUAUUAUGCUGUGUAAGCUGCCACUUUGCUUGAAACCACCUCUGCCAGAGUGACAAAAACAGUAAGGGAGCACAGCAGGGUCUGGCCUAAUAGAAACAAGCAUUUCUGUUACGCCUGUCAUCUAGGGACCUUAAUGAACUUCAACAAUUAAAACGUUAGUUUUGCAGCCUUAGUCAAGUGCAAAACUAGUGUAUAUUUUUCUUUUGUGUCUUCCUCACUGUACAGAAGGUUGUCAAACUGCCGUGUUGGUUCCUGGUCCCCUGUGCCCCGAUACACUCUGAGCCUUGAGAGGCUACUGGGAGCUAAGGAGCUGGCUGGAGGCUCUCCACCACAUUUUGGGUGGUGCAGAUUCUUCAGCUUUUCUCCUUUGCAAUCCUGAGCCUAAUUGUCUUGGCACUAGGUUUGCUCUUAGCAUAAACCUGUUCUCUGGGUAUCUCAUUAUAUAAGAAUUAAUGCUUUACAAUCACAAAGUUUAUAUAAGACUGUGAAGAAACGUUCAGUUCUGGGCUCUGCAGACACAACAGUACAUGUCAUUGCUGCAGUAUUCUUUAACUCUUUAGUCUGGUCUGAAGUUAAGACCUCUUAAGGGGCCUGGUUAAGAGCCAGCUCCCCCACAGUUCCAUCUCAUCUUUAGAACUGUGAAGUCUUUCUAGCUGCUGACCUGGAUCCAUCUGGUACUCCCAAAAAAUCCUCCUCAGGGAAAGCACUUCGCCUUCCCCUGGCCAUAUUGCUGCUCUACACAUCUUUGCACCUAUGGUUUUUUGUAUCUAUAUAUUUAGCACUUCAGAUCUUGCUCUUUUAAUAGUUUUCAGCAUAUACAGCUAGAAGUUGGUAAUUCUUGGCAAACUUCAUAGUGAUUGCUAUAAUUGCUAGUCGAAAGUCUUUGAUGUUAAGAACUCUCAUUGUAAUUUGCAUGGUGGAAAAUGAGUUCUGAGAUACCAAACAUGUGCACCAGUGAUGCAUGUUUCAUUAAAUAGUAGUCCUUGUAGCAUUGAUUUCAGAAUAUUAAUCAGAAAGUAUACAUUACAUUUGGAUAUCCUUUCCCAACUAUUUUUAUGGCUGUCAGAAAGCUUGCCAAAGGUAUCCAUGUUAGAAUCACAGCUUUUAAAACAGCUUCACCUGGGACAGCAUCACCUGCUAGAGGUUAUUAGCACAAAGUGAGCAACCAGAUAGGUAGUGAGAAAUGGCACUUCUUUUUCCAUAUGAAAUUUUACGGGUGAUUUCACUAUAUGAAACAGAAUUUUUGGUGUACUUUGACCAAGUUUUGAGUUCACAUACAACUCCAUGCUCUUCUAAAAGCACUGUGUGGUUAUUGAUAAUUUGAAGUCAGGACCUCAAAUUUUUCUUCUCUGAAAGCUAGAUUACCCCAUUCUUACAGAGAGCAGCAUAUGCACAAAUAAGCCUUGAACAUAUUGCAUAUUUUUUCAACCAUGUCUCCUAAUCAGUAGAAAUGGUCUCUUAAUGCUUGCGUAAAAUUAGAAUGGGAUUCUGUCCUACCUAGGGAAAUCUGUUUUUCAGAUACCUUUGGGAACGUGCAUUGAAGGAGUUGUGUAGAUUUUUUUUUUUACUGUUUGCAUUGUGCUAAAUACAAUAGAUUCACACAAAUAAGGAGAACAGAGAGAGAAAAUAUUUUGUAUAAGCAAAGCCGUUCAAGCAGUUAGGCCAAAAGAAUGGUCAGCAAAAGCCAUGCACCGUCGUAGGGAUGUAGAACUCAAAGACAGUGUGGCUAACUUCUCAGUCUUCUUUUGGCUUUGUAAUGUACCCAUUUCUUUUUGGUGAGAACGUGAACAUCUGCUGGAGUCAUGGAUGGACUGUUAAGAGUUCACUCCGGAAGCUAAGUGACUCAAAGCUUUCAUGCCAUGGCGAUGGUAAACAAAAUGCUGGGUUGGAAUCACAAAGGAGUAUGCUAUGAAGAUUCUAUAAAUCCAGUGUGUUAAAAUUUUUGUUUCCAUGAAUAAACAGUCUCAUUUGGAGCUCUUGUUGCUAUUUCUCUUGUGCAGUUAGUUUAUCCUGUCAUUGUCCAUCCACUAACCUUGCAGGAAAGUUUGCACACUGACUGUGACUGAAGAGCUAGUUAGUUUUGCUGAGAGUUUUCCCUGUGGAAUUGGACAACCUUGUUUAAACUUUCUGUAAUCACAUGUUCAUUAGUUCUCAAUUAAAUUAUGCUGGGAUGUGCAAGUAGUUAAAAAAAAAAAAAAUAAAAUAGGUUAUUGAACUAAUCUUAGACUGUAAGUAGAUUUCCACAGGAGAAAAUGGUAUCUACCUCAGUGAGUUCUUGGGAAAACUUUGCACAAAAUUCUGAACUGAGGGAGAGUUCUAAUUGUUUAAAAAUUAUAUUAUAUGUACGUGUUUGAGGAAAUCUUGAAGAACUAGAGUCAGUACUGCAAAAGAGUUAUUUGCUGAUCUUUCUGAUGGCACUGUUGAAAACUGCAUGAUUUAUAUCAGCACUAAAAAAAUCCAGUUGAUGCUGUCAUUUUGGUUUUCUUUUAAUUUAACUUUAUAAGAGAAAUGAACAGAAUUCUCAUCAAGUCUUUCCUUUCUAACUCUUCUAUUUUAAGUCUUUUCAGGUGUUUGUUUUC